AUGGCCGCAACCAUCCCCUCCGACGCAUGGACGGGGUUGAAGCCGAACGAACUGGCGCCCGCCGGCGCCGUCACCUCCUACAGUGGCUCGUUCGGUAUCCAGAUCGUGGUGGAGGCCACCAAUAUCACCGAGGUGCUGGCAACGACUGCCGCCGGCAAAUCGGCCGCCUCUAAGGUGGCGCUGGUGUCUGUGACUUCGUCCGCUUCCAAGGCGAAGCGGGCUGACCCUGUGGCCCAGAUCAACGAUGGCCAGGUGCAAAACCCCACCGCCAAGCCCACUCAGCAGCCGCCACUGACGUUGGCAGCUGUCAGCGUCGCCAAGCCCACUGCGCAAGCCGUGAGCCAGAUCACCGACGGCCAAGUGCAACAGCCUACGGCCAAGCCCGCUACCGUGCAAGCUGCGACGCAGGCGCCUAAGCCUGCGGCUAACCCCGUGCAGCAGAUCACUGAUGGUCAAGUGCAACAACCCACGGCUAAGCCUACACAACAACUUCCCACCCUAGCCGCUGCUUCUAAGGCUCCUGCUCCUCAAGCGGCUGCUCCUCAAGCGGCUCAACCUGUCCAACAAAUCAAUGACGGCCAGGUGCAAAACCCUACCGCUCACCCCGUUCAACAAAUCAACGAUGGUCAAGUGCAGAACCCCACUGCCCACCCUGUCCAACAGAUUAACGACGGUCAAGUGCAAAACCACCCCGCUACUGCUGUUGCUGUUCAGCAAAUCAACGACGGUCAGGUGCAAAACCACCCUGCCACCGCCGCCGCUGUUGCUCACCCCACCGCUGCUGCUGUGCAACAAAUUAACGAUGGCCAAGUGCAAAACUCCCACGCGGCCGCUCCCACUGUCCACCCCACUGCUGCCGCCGUUUCGCAAAUCCAUGACGGUCAACCUCAAAACCCCACUGCGGCUGCGCCCGUGGUUCACCCCACUGCUGCUGCUGUUUCACAAAUUCACGAUGGUCAACCGCAAAACCUGGCGGCUGCUCCUCUUGUGUCUCACGCUCUGGCUGCCGCUGUGUCGCAGAUCCACGAUGGUCAACCCCAAAACGCUCACGCCUCUGCUUCUGGUCUUGGCCUGAUCCUUGGCGGUAUUGGCGCCGGUGAAUCUCCCGAACCCGCGUUGGCUGAGGGUAACAGCACCACUUCCACUGGCCUCACUGGCACCUCCAACGCCACCGACGGCGCUUCGGUGUUCGACACCACUCCCCAGGCUUGCAAGUCGAACAGCUCGCUCACGUUGACCCUUAAGGACGGUAUCUUGCGCGACAGCAAGGGCCGUGUCGGUUCGAUCGUCUCCAACCGCCAAUUCCAAUUCGACGGUCCUCCUCCUCAAGCUGGUGCUAUUUACGCUAACGGCUUUAGCAUCACCAAGGACGGAUACAUCGCUCUCGGCUCUAGCGACAAGUUCUGGCAAUGUUUGUCGGGCGACUUCUACAACUUGUACGACCGCGACAUCGGCACCAAGUGCUACCCGGUCAAGUUCCAAGUGAUCAAGUUUGUCGACUGCUAG